AUGCCAGAUAUAGGAGGUCGAAUAAUUGCGACCCAAGGUCGGGAGUUCGACCUCGAUCUCUACAGAGGGCAACGCCGUCGGCCCUGGAUUGAAAUCAGAUUUAUUUCCCAGGAGCGAUAUUCUACCUUUACGUUUGUUUUUUACAUGUUUGUUGAGAAAAAUUGAGCCAAAAUGCUUAAAAGGGACGAAAGAUGUAUAUUAAAGAUAUUCCUUAUGAAGAAAGUGUUAUUUUGAGGUUUAAAAAAAUGUUUGAUAAGUAUGGAUAUCACGGAAUAACGAUACGAAAUUUUCUGAAUACAGGAAACUGGUCAUUAUUUUUUGAGCAGCUUCAUAAGAAAAUUAGACUUUUAGACAUUUAUUUGCCGCAAAGAUAAGGUCUUUUUUAAACAAUAAACUUCGAAAAUUCAUGUUAUUCGUCACAAAUGCUUUGAGUACUUUUCAGGAUCAUGUUGGUUAUAAAAGGGCUGGUUGAUUUUACUCAAUUUCUAGGAGAUUCAGUUUACCAUCUUUUCAGAAAUUUUACACUUAAAGUGAUUGAGUUCCUGAGAGAAUCCGGGAUUCUACUCGAUACAACUUCAUUGGCUCAUAUUUACAAUGAGCAUGAGGUUUGAAAAUUAUCUUGAAUGUUACUGGAAAUUUUUUCAAGGCGACUAAGGAAAUCGACGAAGCUUUCGUCAAAUGCGGCAAACUUUACGAAAAAGGACCGAUGUCGACGCCAGUUUGUAUUUUCAUUGGAGGAUCUGGUGUGUUUUCCUGGCUUACUGAUGAAAAUUGCCUAUCGGACAAGUCUGAGCCCUCAAGGGAUCACUUUAGCGACCACUUGAAGAUAGAAUUGUCCGUCGGUGAUAAAACACUUUUAAACAGCACUGGGAAAAUUUUUAGUGGCCACUAUAGGGGCUCGCCAAGGACUACUUGGAAAAGGCACUAAAGGGGCCACUAAACCCGCCUCUAUAGUGGCCAAUAUUUUCCGUAUUAGUGGCCACUGUAGAGGUUCUUUAUUUAGUGGCUACUUCAUUAGUUUUUCAUCCAGUAUUCCUUCCAGUAACUCUGAUAAUUUAAAAAAAAACCGAUUGGACCAGUUAUGUUGAUCCAUUGACCCCUAAAGGGGCCCCUAAAGUGUUUAGUGGUCUAGUAGUAGCACUUAGACCUCUAUAGUGGCCACUAAUUUUAACCCCUUAAGUUGCCAAUAAUUUGAUUUCACUAUAGUGCCCACUAACAUUUUCCUAGCAUUUUCAAUUUCCGAUUUUUCAGUUCUCGGAUCGCAUAUGGAUAUCGAAGAGACGUUUGAAGAUUUCACAUCGAGUUUCCGUGGAAAACUGUAUAUUUUCACUGUGAGAUUUUUAUUUCCUCCUUAACUCUCUAUAUUUUUUCAGAUUUUCGAAGAGGAAGCCCAUUCGAUGCUCAGGGACAAGUGUUUCGACGAGUUGAAGUCCAUAAAAUAAUGAUAAAAUUCAAUGAGAGUUCCAUUUUCAGAGACUGGUGCGUGGAGUUCGCCCAGAUUAUUCACAGUUUUUGAAAAAGUUGCCCCAAGGCGUCGCCACUCCGGUUCCUCUCGAGCCAAAGUUUUUUUCUUUUUUUACUUUUUUUCAGGCUUAAGUUAAGAGGAUAUAAAAAAAAUAGAAGCUAAACGAAAAUUCGAUGAUUAUAAUCAUUUUUUUAAGCCAAAAAAAGUAGUUUCUCAUUAUCAAAGUUUUGAAAAUAUUUUUUUCUAUUAUUUUUUUCAUAUUUUCAAUUCUUGAAAUUGCAUUUGUAGAGAUUCUGAAGUGUUUUUGUAGUGUAGAAAAAAUGUUUUUUCAUAUUUCAAAAUAGUUCAGCUAGAUUUUUUGGCCUUUUUUAUUUUUCUGCAACGUUCGAACCAUUCCAAAUGCGACCAAGGCUUUUUGAAAGUCGCGGCCGACUUCUUAGGAAUUCCAGAGUGGUCCCUAUAGGGGCAACCUUCAGGGUCCUCGGAGAGUCCGCUGGGAUCACUUUACCAAUUCCUAUAGGGGUCACUAAAGCUUGAAAAAGUGGUCCCUAUAUGGGACAUGCUAGUCGAUAAUUUUUAUAUACUCUAGGCUAAGAAGCAUUUCCAUGGGAAAAACAAUAAGCGUUUUCUGAAGAAAGUUGAAAGACCCCUAUAGGGAGCACUUGAGCUACAGGGGCUGAAGAACAUGAACCCCUAUAGGGACCAUUUUUUCGGCACCUAUGGGAACGCUUUGGAAUUUCCAAGUAGCUUUAAAAACUCGGAAACUGAAACUUCCAGAAAUUUGAGAAAUGAUUGGAAAUUUUUUUUUUCCGGUUAAGAGCUUUUUAAAUAGAAUUUUAGAUAAGAAAAGUUGAAAAUACACAGAAAAGCAAUGACCUUUGGCAACGUGACAAGGGAUUCUUGGGCUGAACAGUCUCAACGAAGUCAACCUCGUCGACAUUUUCGGCCCCGAUCAACGAGAGGGAACCCUGGACCCUCACCGUCGCCUUCCUUUAGCCAAUCAAAAGUUUUCAUACUGGGUAAAUAUGACAUCACUAAAAUGAAAGAAAAAAAAAAUGGUAAAAUCACAAAAGUUGUAACCCCCGGGAAGUCAUGGUUAUUCGCAAUUGAGAAAAAAAAAAUUCAAGUCCAAAAUGUCUCAAAAAGGACUUUUGGAAAAAAAAAGGCUCCUCUUUUUUUAGACCUUUUUCUGAAAAGAACCUUUUAGGGAGGUUUAAAAAAAUAAGGCGGAAAGAAGAUUGGAAAAAAGGAGAUUACGAGAAACUUUUGACACCUUUUUGGGAACUUAAAAAGAGAUCUUCUUUUUAAGACCUUUUUGAGGUCAUUUGAACUUUGUCUGUGUUGGAAAUUGAACGUCGAAAUUACUUUCACAUUGGAAAAACUUAUAAGUAGCUGUUUUUUUGACUUGAGUUUCUUUUUUUGUCGAUCAAUUUUGAAUUUUUUCGAUUAAAUUUAGUACCCAAAAGAUCAUCUACUUUUUCUCUUAUUGAACAACCCGCUCAUAAAUUUCAGAGUAUUGUUGGAUGAGAUUAAUCUCAUUAUUUCUCGAGAUUUUGAUUUUUUAUCUUCACGUUUUUCUCCAUCAAAUGAUUGAUAAGUUUAGUUCUGAAGAAAAAAGAAAAGUUUGUUUUCAUAAGGUAAAUUUAAAAAAAAAGCGCAAUUCAUCAAUCAAUAUUUAUUGGUUCUUUUAGUCAGAUAAUUCUUUUUUUUUUCCCCUGAUUUCCAAAGAUUUUCCUAGUUUCUUUUCAAACAUAGAAUAUUCAAAAAAAUUGGCUUCAGUUCAAGUUUUUUUGUUGGUAGAUUUAUCAUUUGGCCUACUGUGUUUUUGACUCACAUCCCGUUUUGACCCCAUUUUUCUUCCCCACGUUCACUUUGACCUCUCCUUUUUUUGUUAAUUUCCUUUUUCGAGCCUUUGUUUCCAUUCUUUGGCUCUGUUUUUAAUAUCCUGUUUUGCUCAAAUUUGAAUUUAUUUAUCCUGAAAAAAAGGGCUUUAUUUCAAACUAGUUAUUCAUUUUUUUCUUUCCGUUUAUAGCCAUCUUCAAUUUGGAUCUAAAAAAAGUUCUUUAUCCUUUUUACUAAUAUCUUCAUAUACACUUCACGUUUACGUUCUUCUUCCCUUUUUCUUUCAUUUUUCAAAUUCUGUUCUCACAAAAGUAUACAUUUCCAUCACACAUAGGCCAUUCCGCGCUAGCUUGUCACGUUUUUCUUUCCGCCAAAAGGCCAGAUCAAAUUCAACCAACUUUCGCUUAAAAACCUUUGUUUCUUGCCGUUAUAAAAGCAGAAAUUUGAUCUAAUUCGGUAUACGGUCUUUUUGGCCUAAAGAAAAACGUGACAAGCUGGCGCGGAAUGGCCUAUAAUCCAUUUUUUCUCUGCGUUUAAUCUUUCACAGUGACGUAUUUUUUUCCAAUUAUUCCGCUCAAUUGGAUACUUUCAGAGCCUCCAGAGCCAAGAAGUCAGGAUCGAUCUUCGGAGCAUCCGACCAUUUCCACCGGGAACGCGACUUUUGUCGACGAACCCAUGGAGGAGGGAAUGGGUUCGCACAUGGUGAACAUCGACGACGUCAAUGAAGCUUUGAAGUCCCGUACCAAUCGGCCCGAUGAUGAUUUGGUGCUUGUUAAUUUUUUUUCUUUCGGCUUUCAUGUUUUCAUAGAAGUCUGAUUUCUCGAAUACCCUAGAAGUUUGAAGUUAAAAUUGUGAAUUUCGGAAUUUUUUCUAACUGAUCCUCUUGAAAUUGGCAGCCCUCGAAGGAGAAGCUUUCAAUGACUUUUAAUAUUGCACAGUUAUCAAAAUCUAUUCGCAAAGAGGCUUCUGGAUGAGACUAGAUGCAGUUUUUCACGGUGAUUCCAAAUCUGGUCUCAAAAACUGCCCUUGGAAAAAGUUAGAGGCUCUCAAAGUUGAAAAUCUCGAUUUCUUCAAUUGGGCUCCUUUUUGGAGGAUAUAUAGUCUUUGUUCCCCCGGUCACGGAAAACCAUUUGAUUCUUUUUUCGAAAAAGUUCUGGAGCCCAUAUAUGAUUUUUCGAACCUAGUGUACAUCUAGUGAAGAAGGUCCGAUGGUAGGAAGGAAUUUUGGGUCCACGAACAUUCGUGAACGUUAAUUGUGCAUACACCAAUCCUGGGGGCUCGAAUCUUUGCAAACGAUUUUUGGGAAUAUUCACCUCUUUUCUGAUUUUUUUAGUGUUUCCAAUUUUUUUGUGAACGGAAGUUGAUGGAGAAUGUAUACAGAUUGAAUGAAAAUGUGGUAGCCGUUCUGAAGUGAAUCUUUGACUACGUGUAUUCGAGAAAGACGCAUUAUUUGAUAAGAAGUUAGUUGAAAAAAAUCACACAGUGUUCAUUUGUGGUCGUCACAAUAGAACGACGAAGGAAAAAAAAUUGGGAAGAAAAGAUGGAAAUUCAAAAAAGAGGGGAAUAUUCCCAAGAAUCGUUUGCGAAGAUUCAAAUUUGCAAAGAUUCGAGCCCCCAAGAUUGGUGUAUGCACAAUUAACUCUAACAAAUAUUCGGGGACUCAAAAUUCCUUCCUAUCAUCGGACUUUCUUCAAUAGAUGUACACUAGCUAUGAAAAAAUCAUAUAUGGGCUCCAGAACCUUUUCGAAAAAAAAAAAUUGGCGGCGCCGAAAUCGAGGCUUCAAAAAAUUUUUUGUAGUCCCACUCCCAUCUUUUUCGAAUCCAUGAAUUUUGAUUCUCCCAGGUGAUUGAAAUCGCUGGAAAUUACCUAUUCGAAAGGUUCGAACAUCCGUUCCAACGGGGAAAAGACAACGUCAAAGUGUUGGAGCUCGUCGACUACUGUUGUGCAUUGGAUCAUCCCAACGCCAGGAAGCCAAAACGGCUCCUCAUUGAUCAAUUCUUUCAGCGAAGGUUUUUUCGAAUGCCAGUUUGGACAGUAUCUGGUAAAUUGAAGGUUUCCUCUGCGGCUGAUCUACAAACAUUUUAUCGAUGAGGUUACGGAGGCGUCGGUUCAGACGGAUAUUUGCCGCAAUUUGGCCAACAUUUUCUGGUCUUCGAGUCAGCUGCCAGGCGAGAUGAGCCGCGAAAUUGUGAUUGGACUUUUUUCGAUCAUAUUAAAAUUGGAUUUUUUCAUUUUUUGACUCAAAAUGGAACGAAUAUAAGCUUCAAAAAAGUAAUUAUAUACCAUUGAAUGUUUUUUUUUAGGAAAUCACGAUUUGCGUUUUUCUUCCCUACAUCAACACACUAUCAGAGCAAGACCAGCUCUCGUUUGCGAGAACUUUUCUGACAAUCCGAGUUUUUUUGAAAUAUGGUCAAAUAUGACUUUUGUCGAUUUUUCCAGAGAUGGUUCGACAGUGAGGGAGCUCUCCAUCGUGAUAUCGGGGCUGCUGAAUGUUGUAAUCCCCAUUUUUUGACCCGAUCUUUUGGCCAGUUGACGCGGGGAAAUGUUAAGGUUGAGGUGAGAAAAGUGGAGAGUUUUGACAAAUUUGGAAUAAAAUGAAGUUUAUGAAGUUUUAUUUUUUCUUCCCAUUUUGAGAAUUUUUUUUAAGACUGGCAUGGAAACAGUUAUAUAUAUCCGUACAUUGGACCAACAAAACAAAAAGAAAAUGAUGAGAAAAUCUUCAGAAUUUAGUUUUUGGUUGAAAAGGGGAUUAAUUUGCACGAGUUCAGGACUUUUUCGAAAAAAUAUGAAAAUAAGUCUCGAAAAAAUUAAAAAAUUAAACGUGUCAAUUUUCAAAGCUUGCAUCAAUUUUCAGAUUGGUUCGUUGGUGGACAAAUUUGAAUACCUGCGCCGGGGCCUGAACGUAAUAUUUUUUUUCCUCCAAAAAUAUUUUUUCAAUCAAUUUCAGAGCGUCUCCUGGGGUUUCGACGAUGUUGGAUCCCCGCCAGAAGAAGAUUUUCAUUCUGGACUCAUUGAUUUGGUUUUUUUUUCGAUUCGAUAAUUCAAAUAAUAUACGUUUCAUUUCAGAACUACGUGACCAGCGUUAUUUCAAGAUGCAUCGGCCUUUUCCUCCAGUUUUUCGAGGGGAAAACGGCGGCAGUUGGGGUAAGCAAAGAAAAAAGAGAUUUCAAGUAGAUCCGAUUAAUUUAGUUUGCUGAUUGGCAAUAUUUCGAUGAACUGGUGUUGGAAUUGCCCCAAAAUGUUAUCCAUCGACUCGAAAGGACCAACCCGAGGCUCAAGGACGCGUUGGGCCGCGAUUUGGACGAUAUUCGGGUUUGAAAUGAAUGAAAAGUGCGCAAGAAAAAACCAAUGAGGGAAAAAUUUAAUAGAUCUUUGUCGUUUUUUAAAGUUUCAUUCGAUUUGGACGACGGAGAAAAAAGUUACAUUUUUUUUUUGGUUUUUCUCCUACCGCAACUUUAAAAUGGGGCGGAGCUUUACAAAUUCCUAUGUAAAGUUCUCAGGACCUUGUGUAGUCAUUGUGACCACAACAUGAGCUCAGAAAUCUCAGUCUGAAAUUUUGGUAUCAACGGUUUAUCGCGUUUAUGAGAGAACGUGUUUUAAGUUUAUUUUCAUUUUCGGUUUCUUGUGAUUUAAUUGGGAAUUUUUUUAUUGAUGCUAUACAUGGACAGGUUGUUUUUUAAGAUCAUCGAUCCCUACUCCCAAGUUUUCCUGAGUCAAAAAGUCGAAAAAAAAAAACGUAAAUUUCAAAGUUUAUAGAUCUUCUCGUCUCACGGAACACCCUAUAGAAGCGAAAACCGAGAUAUUUUCGAAAAAUCUGUUUGUAACUGCCGAAAUCGGGGAUCUCUUAUGUUUUGAAAAAAAAAAAAACUUCAACAGUUUUUAUAGAUUUCUUCCCGGGAAAAUAGCAAAAAUAAUUUUCGUUAAAAGGGUUCGAACCCUGAUAAUAGUGCUAGCACGCUAGCCACUGUACACUAACCGGCUAACGGUAAGUGAGGGCGCGUGCGCGAGACACAUUCCUUCUUGCUGCGUUCCACUCAUUUCACGUGCAAACUUUAAGCCGUCAUAACUCGACUACGAGGCAAAAGUCGAAAAAUUUCAUUCUUGAAUUGGAAUCAGCAUGCCUUAAAGUUCAUCCCUGCGAAGUUUCGUCAAAAGUUCAAGCGGGGGAUUUUGAAGCAGUUUAUUCGCUGGUACUACUAACGGGCCCACAUUAUCUCCCAACACUAGCUGUCACGCCGGGACUUAUUGCACAACUGUUGUGGAUCGUAACCCGCGCCGACGACUAACUCUUCGAUUAAGCCAUGAUUCAGCAGAGAUUUCUUCUACAUCUUACUCUGAUGACUGAAUAAAUUGUAAUAAAUUGUAAAAUGUAAUUGUAAAAACAUUUCCCUUGUAAGUUUAUACUGCCUCCUUAAACUUUAAAAUUGUAUUAUUGUGGCCAAAACUACCUCCCUGAGGUUGAAAUUCGAUUUGUUUCCUUAUCUUUCAAUAUUUUUCAAUCCGAAACCUCCUCUCGGGAAGAAUGAGUUCUGUACUUUCCCAUUUGAGAUUGAUACUCAAAAAUGCCUUAUAAUUCUGAAAAAAAAACUAGGCAGUUUUCCAGGAAAUGGCUCAACGAAGGGAUCAACGCGACAACGGAAAUGAUACCCCCGAUGUUCACCAUGUAUACAAUCUUAUGAAUUCCAAUUGAAAAAAGUUUCUUUUCCAGGAUUUUGACGAUCAAAUACCGAGUUACAGUGGGGAAUAUCGGGAUCAACGGUCUCGGAGGGACGAAGAGGAAGAUUUUCGUCGAAAUGUGGGUAAAAUGAUGAUGAAAUUAAUUAUAUUUAAUUUUCAAUUACAUUUUAAAGUGUUAGAGCAUGAGUAUCCGGUUUUGGAGUUUCUACAGUUUUUUUUUUCACUUGUAGCGUAAUUUUCAAAGUUAAGUGUGAUUUUUUUUUUCUCAGUAAAUUUCUCCCAAAGUUUUUUGGAGUUGUCGAAAAGUCUGAAAAAUGUUUUUAAAGGCGAGUCGGACUUCAAACCAUUCGCAGCCGAAUUAUGAAGAGCCUAUUCGCGAAGAAUAUCGGGAUAAUCGUGGACGACGGCCAGAUUUUAAAGAUUUUGCAAAUGUUUGUUUUUUUAAGAUUGAAGCUUUCAAAAAAGUAAAUAAAGAAAUAAAUUAUUAUUUCAAGGGUCCAUCGACUUCGAGAUCGAACUAUGACCGCGAAACGAACGACUACCGGCCGAGUUCUUCCUCGUCGCGAAUUGUCAGAAAUUCGUGCAUUCAAAAUUGAUAAUGAUCAGAAAGAUAUAUUUAUAUAGCUUUUUUUAGAGAAAAAUGAACAAAAGAAAUUUAAAAAAAGUAAAUGAUUUUUGGAAAUUGCUCAAGCUUAGUUGUUGCUUCAGAGCACUUGGAUCUGAAAAGAUCAAAAUAUUUUUGAGCUUUUUGUCUUCUGUCUGUGUUAUAACUCCUCCAUACGCGUUGGAAAAUAGAAAUUUUGACGUUAUAAAGCGACUAAGAAGCAAAAAAAAAAUUUUUUUUGUGUAAUCAAGGUUCUCUGACAAAGUUGGAAAGGGUCGGAAAAGGCUCCUUUUUGCUGCCUUUUUGCACCAUUUUAUCGGCUGUUAUGCACCAUUACUGCUGCCUCUCCCUUUUUCCACCAUUUCUUGAGCCUUUAAAAUCUCAGAAAAAAUGAAAGGCUCGAUAAAGGGACCCUUUUUGCUGCCUUUUUGCAGCCUUUCUGCUGCCUUUUCUGAGCCUCUCUCUUUUCGCGGCCUUCAAAGAAACAUCAAAUUAUUUUUGCUCCUUAUUGUUCAAAGCAAAUAUGUGGAACAAUAUUAUGAGUGCUGAAAUCCAAAAAAUCGUCGUCAAUUUACAGGAAGAACCGAGGCGUACUAACGGAGUGUCGUUGAACCAAAUUCGUCAAGAUUCCCAUUCGACGAUUGACGUGGAAGAAGAGCCGCCGCGGCCUUGGAUCCGGUUCGAAAGGACCGAUCCACCUGAAGACUUCCGUACUUUGAGUGUGAUUCCGAGGCUUGCUGACGUCAUGAGUUCAGGUUCGUCGGCUCCUUGGCGCAGGGUCUAAUCGGAGAGAAGCUUCUCUAGAAUCAAAAAUAAGGGAUUUCCCCACUACGUUUUUUUUAUUGUACUCGGUCCUAUUUACCAUGGUUUUCAUAAAUGUUUUGGUCCUCAUGUCGUUCUAGCAAAUUUCCGCAGAUCAAGCGCUUUUUCAGAGUUUCCCUACGUUCGCAGGAUCCGCGAGGACGGCCACUACAAGGACUCGCAGACCUACUUGGACGUGCAAUUUCGACUGAUGCGCGAAGACUUGCUCAGUCCCUUGCGUGACCAUUUGGCUCUGUACAAGGCGAAUGGUUUGGUUUCUCGACGUGGAAUGGACUGAAACUCGGAAUCAGGAACGUUCCGUGGCAAUCGGCUGAUGGACGACGUCUCUUCAGACUUGGUCGUGUUGCCGGUGUCGCGGAUCGAGGGAAAGGAGGCUGACCGGCCGACCGGAACCCUCUUCCGCUAUGCAUUCCUGUCGGUCAGUGGGGAGAAUGAAGAAUAAGCUUGACCGGGAUGUAAUCCUUGUGUGAAACUUGGAAUUAUCUGAAAGUUUGAAGGAAAUCGGAAGCUAGCUUUAGGAAUAGAUCUUUCAAAACCGCGAAAUAUGAGAUUUUGCCCUAAUUCAAUGUCAGAGAGGACUUUGAAGGUUCAUAUAGUCUGUUCAGAUUUCAAAUGUCAAGUCCUCGCUGAAGCUCCUCCUCCUAAUGGCGCAAUAAGCCAAUCAGAGAGCCAGCCAUCCACAGAGCGUUUUCGAAUGACGUCAUUCUACUUGACAUUCAAAAUCUGAACAGACUAUGUUUCCGAAAUUUUUUUUGACAACGCCUUGCCAAAUUUUCCGCAAAAUGUAGUGUUUUGUGUGCAUGCAAUGCGGCGCUCUCGCACAUGCCGUUUUCAAAGUAAUUUUCGUGUAAUUCAAAAUCAUCAGUUAGAUUUUUCACUCUGGCGGCUAUUUUGAAUUUCGCGGAUUCACUUUGAACACGGAUGAAAAAAAAAAACGAGCGGGAAAUUUACGUUUUUUUUUAAAUGAGAUCUCAUGACCCAUUGAACAUGCACCUUUAAUAUACCCUGUUGUUUACGCCUGUUUCUUAUGAAGUCAUCAGGGAACGGCGGAGCUUUUGACCACGCCCCCUUCAUUUUUGGGUUUUGAAUUUUCUUCCACUAACAAAAAACGCCGUGAAAAUCAAAGUUUAUCUAGAAUGAAUUUUUCAAGAUAUUCUAGAAAUAAAAAAGCGUGAUGAAAUUAUUCAUCUCGGUUGGGAAAGUAAUUUGACUUUUUCGCGAAAAAUUUGUAUAACCUGUUUUUUUUUGAACAAUAACUUUCGAAAGUGAAUUUGGACAGAAUAGAGAUUCUGAACCUCAAAAAAAUAAAGGUCUAUUUUUGGGAAUAAAGUCGACACAAUUCAGCUUAAAGUUAUGAACUUCUUGAACUUUUUUUUUGAAUACGAUUAAAAAAAAUGUUUCUAGUCGUUUUCUUGAAGCUUGGGGUAAAUUGAACAAAAUAAGUGAACAAAUUUUCUCCCAAAAAUCUUGGGUUUCAGGUGGAAAACUCUCCUGCGCUCAUUAACAGCCUCCGGUAUGGAAGCUGGGUUUGCCUCUCCUCGGACGGAUUCCACAAAGAAGUUCGGAUCGCCGUCGUCGUUCAGCGUGACAUUGACGACGUCUUGGUACUGCUCUAGCCGUUUUUGCCCUCUGUAGAUCGGGGUUUUCCAGAUGUGCAACAGGAAAGUUGGCCUCUGGUUCAUCGACGAGGAGGAUGAUGAUCCGGUCCGACAGAAUACUCGCUACACGAUGGUUCUACCGAACAGUUACCUGGAAGCGUAUCGACACGUUCUGACGGCUCUUCAGGUACUUGAAGGAGAGGAAAAAUUGAGAGAAGAUGUCAGAAAAAAAAAAAUAAUAAUAAAGCGGGUGUUUAAAAAAAUUCGCUUAUCUCUAUGAAAGUUUGAAGCCUUUAUGUUAAUAUUGGGAAUUAAGAAAUGCGGUCGAAACUUUUUGAGCCAUUUCCUCUUACUGUAGCCGGGUUACGGUAGCCAGUUGGGAACUUACGUCAUAGGAUUGAAGAGUUUUACUAGGCAAGUCACAUAUCAAUCGAUAGGUAAUCCAAUUUACCGUAACCCGGCUACAGUAAGAGGAAAUGGUUCAAAAAUUUGCGACCGCAUUUCUGAUGAUGGGUUAUCACACUGGACGAAGUUUCAUCAAAAUCAAAAAAUAAUUUUUUUUUGUACCCGUUGCUAUUGAAACUUUGAAAAUUACAGAGACAGCGUGUUAAAUGAUUUUAUUCUUUUUUAAAUAUCUCGAUUCUCUUUGUCCUCGCCUAGCAACCGAUAAUCUCAAAAACUCCCCUUUCACGUUAAAUUCCGUAAUUUGUUUUCAUUAUAUUUUAUAUACUCAAUUCCUGCUUCACAGAGAACCAGUCCCUACUCGGAAAUCCCCUUCGAACGGUACCUUAUCCGUGGAGCGCGUGAUCAUCAACUUCCUGCCUACUAUCGUGCGCCUCUGAGCGAACGGCUUCAGAAGGAAAUUGAGAAAGUCGAGGUCGAUUUUCUGGGCUUUUCAUUCGAUUAAAUGAAUAUUCUUAAGGCCAAGUACAAUGACAUUCGGUCGGCUGAAGUCGCCAGACGGUUGCAGGCUGAUGAUGGUUUUCGAAUCAAGGGCAAGAAAAAGAAGAAAAAUGAUGAUUUGUGAGUUUUUGAGGGAUGGUAGGGCUAGGCCAUGAGAAGAAAUAUUAAAUUUUACAAUUUACUUGCUUAGAAUCGCUGUUGGCGCAGUUGAAAUAGCUAGACUUUCUAAUUUUUCUUCACAAAAGCCUUUUCGGGUCAGCUGCACCUAGAACAAGAUACUUUGCAGCAAUUGAAAAUAUAGCCAUUCCAAAUGCGACCACGUUAGAGCAGAUCAUUGUAAGUCCAUUUCCAGUGACUCCAACAGCGCAAAGUACUUCUCGGACCUGACCAUUUCGAUGGAAGAUGACGAGUUUGAAGACCAGAUGAGCCUACCGAUCGGACUCCCACGACAUCCGACGGAGAAGUCUCUGCCGAUCUGCAUCGACGGAAAGGAAUAUGAGCCGGAGACGCUGCUCAGCGAUUAUCAGCCGACGUAUAUGGACGAGAGCCAGAGAGUGGCGUUCUGCAAGGCGAUGACCAGCGAGUUGGCCAUCAUCCAAGGACCUCCCGGCACUGGUUCGUGAGGCUUGUAGCAGUGGCUUUUGGGGCGGAAAGGGAUGUAGCUUGCUCGGAGGCAGUUGUUCUAUCUUUUCAAGACGAUUAAUAUGUAGAAUUCGUUCCGAGACAAAAAAUUAUGGGUCUCACAGCGAACUCUACAGUAAUUAGAACAUCUGAUCUAUGCUGGGACCUUGAUAACGCGAUCGGGACGCGAAUCGAACCUGUCGGGGCAUUUUCAGUGACUACUUUAGUAGCAUAAAACCUCUUAAGUGGUCUCUAGAAUCGCCCAGAAACGUCCGGAGCAUGUCCGAGUGUGAAAAAUUCGAGUUCAUUCUUAUCCGUGGAGCGAAUGAAAGCUUCCCUACUUUUUUGAAGAGCUGGCUGCUUUCCAAGAACUUACUGGUGCUGUUUUGAAGAUUGUAUUGUAAAAAAGUUUUCAGUGGCAUGAAUAGAAAAAAAUUUAAACAUUGAUGACGAUUUUAAUGGCUUUUGCUUCCAGGAAAAACACACAUCGGAGUGGAAAUCGCCAAGACGAUGCUGAUCAACAGAAGACGUUGGUUCUCGGCUGGGCCGAUCCUCGUCGUCUGCUACACGAACAUCGCCCUCGAUCAGUUUUUGGAACGACUCUUGUCCAUGGUUUUUGAAAAAAUGCUAACACAUAAAUACGAUUAUAAUCAAGAUUGAAACGACUCCUGAAAUCGACUUCGAUCCCGACGGCCCUCGAAUGAUCCGUUAUGGAACCAUGUGCGAUUCGGAUACCUUAAAGAGGUGAUUGAAUCUGAAAAUUGAUGGAUUUUAAAAGGCUUCCGAGAAUGAUUUUAGAUAUUUUUAGAAACUUGUAUAAUCAUUCUUUUUUUCUUAAAUUUUUCGAGAGGUAAAACUCAAAAAAACAAAGUAGUCAGGAUACUGUAGAACCGUUGAACCGUAGACGGGAUACUGUAGAGAAGGGCACCUGAGUAUCUAAGCUGUGAUGGUUCCACGCAAAAUGCAUAUAAAUCAAGUGAAUUUUGAAACUUUUCCCGUCCAUACUCUCAUCAGAAGUUACCCUUGGAAGAUUUUGACACGCUGAGAAAAUUUUUAGUGGCUACUCUAGGAUUUUGACGUUUUAGUGGCCACUAUAGUAGUCAAAUUAGUGGCCACUUAAGGGGUUAAAAAUUAGUGGCCACUAUAGAGGUCUAAGUGCUACUACUAGACCACUAAAAAUUUUAGUGGCCACUUUAGGGGUCAACAGAUCAACAUAACUGGUCCAAUCUGUUUGUCUUGAAAUUAUCAGAGUUACUGGAAGGAAUACUGGAUGAAAAACUACUGAAGUGGCCACUGUAGAGGUGGGUUUAGUGUCCUCUCCAAGUAGUCUUUGGCAAGCCUCUAUAUUGGCCACUAAAAAUGGCUAAUUUCCUUUUCAAGACCAAAAAAAAAGGUUUUUUUCAGUGCAAACGUUUUGCGGUUGGAUGCGGCGAAAGCCCAUGAAGAUCGCUGUCCAAUCGAUGUUCGUGACGGUAUCAAUAGGGCUCACAACGAUCAUCACCAACGGGGCAGGGAUAUCGCCACCAGCAGCUAUAUUCUGCACCUGUUGCACAGGUAUGAAAAAAAAAAAGAGAAAACAUACGUUUUUCCCAAGAAAAUAAGCGAAAAAGGGUUUGAUAAAUGUCCCUGGGAGAUGUGCGUUUCGAAAACAAUUUAUAAAACGAAGUGGGUUUGAUUUGGGUUUUUGAGAAGAAAGUUAGUCUUGAAACAGUGAGCGGAACCGAGGGUUACGGACCUUUCGCAACUAGUUUAAUCAUUUCGGUCGCAUUUGGAAUGGCUCGAUGCGUUGCGGAGCGAAUUGGAAUCUUAAAACUUGAAAAGACGGCACCCCUUGAGACUUCUAUUGGACGAAACGUUCAUUUGAAAAAAGAGUUUUUUUUAUGGAAAUUUUUUCUGAAACUUGACAUUUCUCCUAUUUUUCGAGGCUUCAUGACAGUCAGGAGCUCCAGGGUUUUAACUUUUAAUUUUUCUAAUUUUUUUCGGCGAAAAAAGUCUUUAUAAGAUCCAGAAUAUUUUUUUCCACAAUCAAGUUUUUCAAUAGUUUCAUAAUUUUAACUUUUUCCAAGUUUCACUCAUAUCCAUGGGUACCUUAUAUAUAUAUAUAUAUAUAUGUUUCUUUCAAAAUGGCGACUAAGCUAAGCAGAACAAAAAAGGAAUUUAUUUUGAACCGUCUAAGCUUUUUUUUUAGAAUAGAAGAACAUGUAAAGCGAGUGUGUGAUGUUCCGAAACUUCAAUAAAAAUGGAACUUUUCAGAAGAGUCAUUUCCUACGAAGUGAUGUCUAAAGCGAUACCGGUGCACAUGAAAGACGAAUUUAAGCUGUGGGGUCAGACGCAUGUCGAUUCGAAAAAUCAGCCUCUCAACGUAUAUUUUUUGCUCAGACUUUUUUUUUGUCAAUAAUUAUUUCCAACAAGAAGUUCAUUUUUCAGGACGACGAGAUUCUGGCCUGCUGGCUGACGGAUCGAUCUUUCUCCCUGGCUUCGAAGAACCCCAAAACUUCCAAGUAUCUCGACAUGGAUUCUGAUGAAGACGACGUCGAUUUCGUCGAAGUCUUGGCUCCGGAAACGACGGCGAAUGAGGAUGGAGACGAGGAACGUUUCCUCAAUCAGCUUUUCGAGAAAAUGAAUGUAAGGGUGAAGGAAAGAAAAUAGGAUUUUAGAGAAUUCUUUUGCGAAAAUGAGAUUUUUGACGAAAAAAAUAGAAGGAGUUCAUUUUCGAAUCUCUCGAAUCUACCACCAAAAAAAUAGCCUCAAAAAAAUUAAGAAAAAAAUCAAAUUUAGAUUGCUUAAAAAGUCUUUUUUUAAGACUGGAAAACGUGUAAAUCAUACUUGGAAGCAGUAAAAAAAUAGUGUUUGGAAGAAUGAAAAUGUAAAAAAAAUCUGUUUUUUUGAAAAAUUUUACUGAUGAUCUUGCUUAGAACAGUUUCGAAAAAAAUCGUUUUUCAGAAAAACACAAAAAAAUAGAAGUCAUAGCACUUUUUUUCGGAUCUUAAAUAGUCUUUGAAGGUGAAGAAAAAGUCAAAUUUAGAUAGCUGAAAGGCCUUUUUUUGACUUUCAAAAUCGUAUAAAACAUACUUGGAAACAUUUUUUUAGAUAUAACAAUUGUAGAAUAUGUAAAUAAGCGUGAUAGAUCACGUUAAAAAGAUAGACCAAGAAAAAAAGUAUAAAAGGAAACUUGAUUGGAGAAUUUUUCUAUGUAGAAAGUCACUUUUUUUAAAGUUUUAUAGAUUUUUUUCCAGUUGAUAAUAGUACAAAGUUCAAAAAUAUAUUAAAAAAAACUGCAACUAGAGCCAUAAUUAUUUACUUAUUAAAGAUGGACGCCGACGUCCAAGACAAGGCUUUCGAUUUGGAUGGCGCUGAACAGAGCAACUACCGAACCAGCUCCCCCUGGGACCUCUGCGAUCACGAAUCUCUCCGGUCUUGUAUAAACAAAGUCCAGCUCUUUGGCACCGGCGAGAAGUUCGCCAAAACCAAAUAUGUUUGAGCGAAAACGAAUUAUUUCAAACAAAAUGAAAAAAUUUGAUAGAGCCCGGCGAUGCGAGUCGAUCCGCUUCUUCGGACGCUUAUUGAAGACGAGGCGCCUGGGAUUUUCAAGGUAAUGACUCUGGUCGCGUGGGGAAUGGCUUUUCGGGGUUGAUUCGAAACGCACCCGACCAGAAACGACUUGUUCCCGAUGGUUAUCGGAAAAAAAAAAUCAAUUAAAAAAAAGCACUUUCAAACAUUCUCCCUGCGACCGAGACCUUCUGAAUCUUGAAGAAUUGGCUAUAGAAAAAAAGAAGAAAGUUUUCUUUCUAUGGUGUUUGAAACUAUAACUUUGUGUUUUGAAUUUUUCCUAUGAAGAAGAUUACCUAUAUUUUCAGAAAAGGACAUCUUUUGACUUUUUUUUUUCUCUACUUUAGCUGCUCACCAGUAGUUUGGAGCGUUUCGAGGCGAAAAAAAAAAGUUAUUUCUCAAAAUCUUGAAUCGAAGUGUGAUUGAAGUCUUGGACCUCCUAAAAUCCCAGGAAACUACUGAAUUUUCCGUCCUAGGUCUCAAAAAAUUAAUCCCCUCUCCUCAUUUUACUAAACCAUUCCAAUUCGGUUUUGAAGGUCUCUCCUGUGACGAAAGUCGAGGAAGAGAUCAUGAAGAACAUUUUCUCGCUGCCGAGGCCAAGAAGAUGGGCCCUUUAUCGACUUUGGUGCUUCGAACUUGUAAUGGACUUCAUAUUUUAUGAAUUCGAAUUAUUGUUCAGGGGAACAAGAUCGAAGAGAACAUGCCUCGAAUCACGGCAUCCUACAAGGAUUCCUGUGACAGACUCAAGGUUGCCUACUCGAGACGGGAUAUCUUCCUCGCCAAAAAGGCUUUGGUGCGUUUGGAAGGGCUGCUAUUUUAAUAAUUUUGUGGAAAAUUCGGAAUUUGGGUGUCUACACCAGAGAGAUAUGAGGAAAAUAGAAAGCGAAAAGUAGAGGUUGAAUUUCUCUGUAUCUCUAAGAAGCGCGACAAAAUCUCGUUACUGAGGAAGUGCGAAAACCACUUGAGGGACCACUAGUAGACUUAGAAUCCCCAAGGGAUCACUAGAGGGGCGUUAACGCUACUAUGGUGAUCACUAACUAAUCGAUAAAAGCACAGCAGAAAAUUCGACCUCUUCAAGGGAAUACUGAAGGCUUAAAAGCCCCUUGAGUGAUCACUUAACAGCUCAAAUAGUCUGGAGCUUUCAGAAUUUACAAGCGGACUUCAGAUUUUUUCCAAGACACCGGUUUUUCAGGUCGUCGGUGCCACCACGACCGGUGCCGGAAAGUUCCGAAAAGAGUUUGAGAAGGUCGGUUUCCACGCCCUGAUCGUCGAAGAAGCGGCAGAGGUUUUCGAGUCGCACGUCUUCACCGCCAUGCACACGUCGAUGAAGCACGCCGUCUUGAUUGGAGAUCAUCAACAGCUUCGGCCGAAUCCGUGUAAAACAGAUUUUUAAAGUUCAACAAUGUCUUAGGAAUUUGAGAGACUUUUAGAAAAACUUCCAUAGUUUAUCCUUCAAAUCAACAAUCUAGUCAUUCAGUAUCCGAUUCAGUACUUCUGACUGAAUUUUGCAGCGGUCCGCAACCUUGGCGUCGAGUACGGCCUGAGCAUCUCCAUGUUCGAAAGGCUGAUCGAGGCGAACAACUUGCCGUUCUCGCAGCUCCAAGUUCAGCACCGAAUGACGCCGAUCAUUGGCGAUGUCAUCGUCCGGCCUGUUUUCUAUCCCGCGUAUGGAUUCUUGCUUUUCUUGUCCUGAGGGUUGAAUCAAGAGGAUCCUGAAAGUAAAACCAUGGACAUCAUUUUGAUUCGUCCGUUUUCUUACUCACGUAUGAUUUAUUUCUAACCAAGACAUUUUAAAAUGAACGGCAGUGAUCUUCUUAUUGAAACAGGAAGUUGAUUUGAUUUUAAAAAAAGUUUUGAGCUCAAUUUUCAUUUUCUAAAGGGUUCGAGACGAUGAGAGCGUGAAACUGUACGAUCAGGUCCGAGGAAUGGCUGAACGUCUGUUUUUCUGGUCUCACAGCGGCCCAUCGCAACUCACGUCCACCAUGUCUCACAUCUGCGAGACUGAGGUGAAAAAAGACGAGUUCUAUAGAGCACACUUGCGCCGUUUAUUUUAAUCUGGAUGGCUUUGAGGGUGUGCGAAGUUAUCACAUGGAGAAUGCAGCGUUAAAAGUUGAUUCAGAUCUUGGAAAAUAUUAUUGAACUGAUGAAAAACUUACGAAAUAAAACCACAACAUGGAGGCUUAUUUUUGGAUUUUUGAUUGAUUUUCUGCAAAAAAAAGUUUUUAGGGAAAAAAUGGCUGCGAAAAUAUUAUAAAAAGUGGAUGUAAACUCUAUGGAAAAAUAGAAAGAGAUCAUUUUUUCCAAAAAGAUUUACUUACACUUGAAGAUUUUUUCAGAUCGUCAUGAUAACCGAGCUUGUCGGUCAUUUGCUGAAACAAGGUUAUAUCAGCUCUGAGGUUAACAAAAAAACCAAGCCGAAAAAUUCUUCUUGUUCUUCCAGAUAACGGUAAUUGCGACUUAUGCGGCUCAGAAAAAUGCCCUUGUCGAUGCUCUUGCUUUCCUGAACGAGGAUCUGAGGCCGAUUCAGAUCGAAACUGUCGACAGUUAUCAAGGAAGAGUGGGGAACUUGGCAGGAACACGAGAAAAAUGAUGAAAUUCGGUUCAGGAGAACAAAAUUGUCAUUGUCAGCAUGACGAGAUCGAUGUCCAGCUCAGGACAAUCGCAAGGGAUCGGAUUCUUGGGGGUUUGGGGCUUUUAUCAGUUGGAAUAGUUUGAGUGGAAAAAAAGAAGUUCUCGGACUUUUAGGAAGCUUUUCUAAAGGAGUUCUAUAGAAAUCUUCAAAAUUUGGUGAAAAAUAGUUUUUUUGAGAACUGAUUCAGGAUCUCAAACAAGUGGAAAGAGUGUAGUUGAAAAAUUACUACAAAUUUUUACAAGAAAACUGGAAGAGAAUAUGCUUUUUAGGUCAAAAGUUGUAUUCAUAAUUGAGCUUUUUUCUUCCCUCAAAUUGCCUUUUUCACGGACGAUUCGCGGAAAAAAUUGCUUCGGUCUAAAGUUUGUAAUAGAACCAACAGGAAAAAAAGGAAAUUCACGUUUGGGGAUAAAUAAUGAAAAAUUAAAGUUUAUUGUAUCACAUCCGUGGGGCUUUUUGAAACUUUUGAAACUUUUAUGCAGUCUCCAGAAAAGGUUCUCUGCUGAAUCAUGGGAUAAUUAAAGAGUUUUGUGUCGGUUCGCGAAACCGUCGUUGAUCCAGAACGCCGUGUAGAGCAUCUCGCCUUUCUUGUGAUAGAAGUAGAAGAUUUUCGAGCAUUUCCGACGAUCACUGCUUCUCCAUGUAGGAACCGUACGGCGCCCAGCUUGUCCAGGGCACGCGGGCGUCGGAUUGAAUUUCAGAAAAGAAGAAUGACCACUCGGGUGGUAGAAAUAAGUUGGUAGGAUCCGCGGGGCUAGGUGGGAGGUGCUACGACAAGAGCGAGUUUUUCAUUUGCGAGCAGUACUGUAUGCGAAUAUGCGCAUUGAGUGCAUACACUUUGCGUGUUUACACUUUCGUUGCGUGACGUCACCGGGUCGGACAUCUCCGGGUUUUUUGUUACCUUUUUUUGUUUUUUCGAACUGUUUUCGACUUUUUUUUCUUGAUACUGUUUUUUAUCGUGCAAAUGUCAUUGAGAAAAGUUCAAAUCUUGAAAAAAAGCAAAAAAAAAAGUUGAAAAAUAUCCGAAAAAAAAACUCGGAAACAAAAACCCCGGAAAUGUCCUAUCCGGUGACGUCACGCAACGAAAGUGUAAACACGCAAAGUGUAUUCACUCAAUGCGCAUUUCCGCAUACAGUACUCCCCGCAAAUGGUAAACUCGCUCUUGUCGUAGCACCGUAGAAACAACAGAAAAGUGGGAGUUAACGUUUGAUAAUAAAUAAUGAAAAUCAAAGUUUAUUGCCGCACAUAAGUGAAGCUUUUUGAAACUUUUAUGCAGUCUCCAGAGAAGGUUCUCUGCUGGAUCAUGGAAUAAUUAAAGAGAAACCGUCGUUGAUCAAGAACGGCGCGUAGAGCAUCUCGCCUUCCUUGCCAUAGAGUAGUAGACGAUUUUCGAGCGUUUCCAACGAUCACUGCUUCUCAAUGUAGGAACCGUACGGCGCCCAGCUUGUCCAGAGCUGACGAACGCCGGAUUAAAUUUCAGAAAGGAAGACCGACCACUCGGGUGAUAGAAAUAAGAUAAUCGGGGAGUUGGUAGGAUUCCUGGGGCUAUGUGGAAAAUUUCUAGACGAUUUCUUAGUUUUUUGAUCAGUUUCAUAAGAGAAAAUCACAAUUAAAUAUGUUUAGAACCAACUGAGCACUUCUAAAAGCCCAUUUUAAGGAGAAGAACCGAAUUUGUGUGGCAUUCACCCGCGCCAAACACGCAAUGUACAUUGUCGGCAAUGGCGAAUAUCUGUCCGCUAAUUCGAGGCUCAUGAACGAACUCGUGGGAAAUCUCAACGAGAAGGCCCUCAUCGACUAUGGCAUUCCCAUCAAGUGCGUCACUCACGGAUUUGUUCAGGUUCUUUUCGGAAAAAUGAAUCCUUAAUUUUGACCCUUUUUGAGGUGAUCGACAGUCCGUACGAUUUCGCGAAGAAAUCUCCGGAAGGCGGCUGCGAUCAACUCUGUGGCACCAAGCUGAACUGUGGUCACAGCUGCAAGCGACCGUAAUUUUUUUCUGGUUUUUACCCCCGUUUUUAGACAACUUGGAAGCUCCAGCUGAGCUGCUUUUUUUCUCAUCUAUUCAUUUUUGACUGGAAUAACUUUUUUUCAAAUAUUUUCCUUUUUUUGUUUCUAGAUGCCUUUUUUUGAAAGCACCUUCCCUAUAGGAAACCCUAGAAAAGCACCUAGAAGAGAUUUUUGAGCUUGAUUUUCAAAAAAAAAUAAGUUUGUAAGUCUUCUGGGCUUCUUCCUUAGACUUAAAUGAUUCAUUUCCAGUUGCCAUCCGAUCGAUGAUCAUCUCCAGAAGCCCUGUGAACUUCCUUGCCGGAAAACGUGCGCCGUCGCCAAUCAUCAAUGCCGGAAAAAGUGUUCUGAAGUGGGAGAAAUUGAUUUUUUUUUUUUUCGAUUUUUAAGUCAAACAUUUUUGAGUUUCGCGCCGAAUAGUAUAUAGUUAUGCGUAGGAUAUCGGGCUAAUUUUAGAAGCGCAAAAAUAUUUUUAAAAAGCUUUUUUCCUGUUUUAAUUAGCUCCAGACUUCUGAAAUUCAACCGAAAAAAGGUUUUUUGUCCAAAAGUUUCAGGAAGGAUCUGUUAAAAAACCAAAUUUUUAGGCUUGAAAAAUUUCAAAAAAAAAGUAAAAGUUUUCUCUGUGUGACAUCAAUAUCUUCAGAAAUCGAAACAAUUUAUCAAAAAAAAAAAUUCUGGCCCAUUCCAAAUGCGGCCAUCCCAGUGAGUAAUUCAGGAAUGUGGUCCCUGCCCGGCUUUGAUCGUUCUGAGAAUGCCGUGCGGUCAUGUGAACGAGCUAGUCUGUCAUUCGGCUAGCAAAUCAGUCUGUUCGAGCCGGUUAUCAUACUGUUCUGAAACUUGAUGCAUGAGAUUUUCUUCAGAUGUGAUCAAAAGCUUCCCUGCGGCCAUCGGUGUGCGGCAAAGUGUGGCGAGAGAUGCACGCAGAAAUGUGAAGAGGUGAAAAAAGGGAAAAAGGAAAUUUGAGUCUCAUUAACUAAUUAUUAGGUUGUUCGGAAAGUUCUUGCGGUUUUUGAUACUCCCCUUAAAAAGAAAUUUUUUCGAACUGGAUUUUGGACUGCCUGACGAAGUUAUACAUCAUUUUGAAGCGCGUGGAAACUGGAAUAAAAAAAAUAACUUUCUGAACAACCUAAUAGGUUACUACAAGAACUCUGGUAUUUGAUCCAGGUGGAACUCAGAUCUGACCUGGAAUGUUUAAAAAAAAUGGAAAAUGAUUUCUACAAAGCCUUGAAAGAAGCUAAGAGAAAGAAUUUCAGAGGCUCAUGUGUUUUCUUGAGAUUUAAUGCCAUAAGGAAGGUAAUAUUACUUUGCGGUUGGGAAUUUUUCGAUUUUACUUUGCGGUUGGGAAUUUUCCGAAAAAUGGCCAGAAAACUCUUUGAUGCACCAAGAAGAACCUGGGAGUCUACCUAGUUUUUGAAAAAUAAAGACUCAAAUCUUCGAAAUUGCCUAUUUUAUAGUCCGUUUUUCGCGACUGGAAAGAGCGGGACUUCUCUGUGCCCUCCGUAUCUUUAGACGUUUCUCUCACGUUUACGUUUUAUUUCCAUUUUUCUCUUUCCUCGCCGGUGAGGGAACAGAGAGACGCAGACACGCGAUAACUGUCAAGGCGGACUAUAGCAAAUAUUGAGGGUUUUCAUUGAUUUUGAGGUGUAUUUUUUCCAAAGAGUUGAAUUUUGUGCACAUUGAGAUUCUUAGAAUCUUCUUUUGGUGCAUCAAAAAAAAAAAUGACCUUCCUUGUUAGAAGAUGUCACGAAUAACAUAAAAAGAAAUGGACUAGACAAUAACCAAGAUUUUCAAGCUUUCUCUGCUCUUUUCUACAAGCUUUUUCUCAGUAGCAUCUAGUUGUUUUCCUUUCAAACUGUCCUGUACAGCCUGUCAGUCAAAGUAGUUUCAACUGGAUUCGCGACAACGAACUCGUCCAGCUCCAUAGUAACACUAACACUUUCAGCCUGUCAAUCAUGUGUACAAAUUGUGCGGACACCGAGCUGAAGUGCCUUGCUGGACGGUUUCCGCCGGAAGACCACCACCUUGUGAAGCAAAAUGCGAAGAAGAACUCAUGUGCGGACACGACUGCCCUGACAAGUGUGGCGAGCCGUGCCAGGUCAUGUGCAAAAAGGUAAAGAAGACAUGAAUUUUCGAGACUUUUUUCGUGUUUCAUGAAAGUUGGCUCGAGUUUUUUAAGGCCUUCUAAUUUCAGAACCGUUGUCUCAAAUUUGAAUCAAAGCGGUUUGAAAAUUUUAAUGAACGACUGGAAGUUGUGUAGUUUGUAUAACUCGACUAUAAGACGGAAGUGGAGCAUUUCCAAAUUUUAGCUGACAAUUUUAAAAAUCUUCCUCCCGUGCCUUCCUAAUAUAAAGCCACUACUACCUCCGGAUGUAAAAACUUAUUCUUAUUUUUGGAAUAAAAAUGAUUUUUUAAAUCUACUUUCAAAGUUUUUUUUAAGCCAACCCAUCACUCAUUGAAAUCUUCACCUGAAAUCAGAAAAUCUUAAAGUUUACUUCAGCCAAGUUUUGUCAAAAGCUGGCUGAAAAGUUUACCUGUGAAGGUUUAUUAACAAACAUUUUUGUUAAUUUUACGUUCCCGAAUCUUUUAUUUUAGCUCAUCGAAAGGACUCUUCAUUGUGGACACAUCAUCACCAUCGAAUGCCACCAGGAGAAUAAAUUCGUCAAGUGCGAGGUCUUGCUCCGAAAAGAUUUUGAUCGAAUCAAAAACGAUUCAGGUGACAUUCAAACAAAAGAUGAACCCUUGCGGACACUUGUGUUUGGUCGAAUGUGGAACCAGCGAUUCGUCCGAGUUUUGUACCGAAGCGUGCUCGGAAAAGCUUUCUUGUGGUCAUAUUUGUGGCGCACGCUGUGGCGAUUGCAGGAGGAGUGAGUUUUGGAUGGGUUCUAGAGAGAAGAUCUAGUGCUUUUCACGUGAAAACAAGGUAUCUUGGCAAAGUCAAAGUAGGAGUCAAAAGUGAUAGUUAUAUUUGUUUCUGUGGAGCAAGCUAUCCGGAAAAGAAAGAGCCGUAGUUAAACAGAUGAAAAAAUAAGUUUGACGACCUGAGCACGGCAUUCCUAAUGGGGUGAGGGAAAGUGAGUGAGGCGUCACAGUUUCUAAUUUACAAAAAAAAAUAAGUAAGUGCGCACUUCGGAUAAAAUGACGUCAUUUUACGUCACAAAUUACACUGAGUAUUCAACGUUAAUAACUUGUUUGUUCGAUUGGCUGCGUACUUGAGAUUUCAAUUUUCGCGCCAAAUUUUUUCUGACUUCUCCCCACCCCGUUUGGGAACGCCAUGCUGAGCAGGCCCCACAGCAGCACAUUAGGUAGAUCUAAGAGGGGUCUUGAACUAAAAAGGCAAAAGAGCAGUACCAAAAUAUAUCUUGACUUAAAUAACCUUGGGACAUCGUCUGCAUCAAAAUCCAAAAAGUAUUCACUUUGAAACCAAGUAAAUUUGAUAAAAAUCAACCAGCAUGUUUUUCUACAGACGGAAAGCACAUUUGCCACGCGAAAUGCCAGAAGAAGCUGCCGUGUGCGCAUCCUUGCGUCAAACAGUUAUUGUACAUAUUCAUUAAUCAAGAAACUUUAUUUGCUUUAGCUGCGGGGAAAAAUGUGGAGACUGCGAAUCGUACUGCUCGACGAGCUGUCUGCACAUCAAGUGUGGCGCCGGGCAAAUGGUAAGUAGUUAUAGCUGAUUCACGGCCAGCUUGGGACGCUAAAGGGGCGUGUCCUGUCUGGGCUCUCCACGAGCCAGGCGCUAUCUCGUGCAUUAUCGUGCCAGGACCAUUUCUUCGAUGGCGCAAGCCAGUCGUGAAUCAGCUAUAUGUAUAGUCUGGUAAAAUGUCAUGCAGGUAACUCCGGGGCUACAGUACCUUUUCGCGUUGAUUUUUUGUAGCUAUGAAAAUGAUCCUUUAAUCAUGCUUUUUUUUGAUCUGACAGCUCGACAAAAAUCAAAAAUGCAACGCUAUUAAAGGAGCAUCGUCAUGAGCUAUAAAAAAUAGUACUGUAGGCGGAAUUGGGUGUUUGGAUUUCAAAAACUGAACAGACUAUAAGAACUUUUUCCAAGGGAUUCGGAAGAAAAUGCAAGGAACUCUGCGUGCUGUGCUGCAAACCCUGCGACAACAAAUGCGCUCAUCGGAGUUGCACGAAAAAGUGAGGAUUUUCGUGGUAGUUCAAUGGUUUUCAAUUACAGCAAGGAAGCAAGGUUUAAAAGAGAAUGGCAAAAAAAAGAUACACGGACCAUUCUUAAAGGCCGCCAACCCUUCCUCCCAAGUGUUACAAAAUUUAAGCCAUUACUCCCUCCCUGAGGUUGAAACUUUAUAGUUGCCAACACUGCCUCUAUGAGCUUAGAGAUCAGUCAACUACAAAAGUUCUUUGAGAAACCGAAAAUCGGAAUAAAACCGGUUUUUGAACUUUUUCCAUGAAUUUUGGCGGGUUAUUUCGCGGUACCCCAUGCCGUUCAGCAGAUAUUUCUUUUUAUUAUCAGAGCCACAGCCUAUAUUAUGUAAUGUGAGAGUAAUGGAGAUAUAAAACAAUUUUUAAAGAUGCUACGAAGUCUGCGACGUGAAAGCUUGCGAGGAAGUUUGCCAGGAGCGUCUGACUCGUUGCCAACAUCCUUGCCUUGGAAUGUGCGGCGAGCAGUGUCCACGUGGGAAUUUUGAUAAAAAUGAGAACUAUUUGUAUUUUUUCUCAGCGAUUUGCGGCACUUGCGACGUGAAAGAAUACCUGAAAUGCGUCUCCAUGUUGGGAAAAGACGCGACGACUUCGAUUCGACGCCUCAUUCAGCUGCCCAACUGUGGACACAUCUUCCCGGUUGAGGUCGGGUUUGAAAAUGAAGCAAUGUGUAGAAAAAAAUUUUUAAGAUAUUUUUUUCAGAAUCUAGAAAGCUUUGAAGACUCGUAAUUUUUUUCAAACUCGGUUUUUUGAGAAGAUUGGGGUACCAUUGAGAAAAGCAACUUUUAAUCUUACAAUUUAUUACGAUUUAAGCUUUGUAGGAGCUGAAUGCGAUUAGUGGUAUACUAGAUUAAUGAAAAUGGAUAAAUAGACUGAGAAAAUGUUUAGUGGCCACUAUAAAGGCUCGUCAAGGACUGAUUAGAGAGGACACUAAAGUGUCCACUAAACCCGCCCCUAUAGUGGCCACUAUAGAGGUUCUCUAUCUAGUGGCCACUUCAGUAGUUUCUCAUCCAGUAUCCCUUUCAUCCGAUAUUUCUUCCAGUAACUCCGAUAAUUUUAAAACAAACAGAUUAGAUCAGUUAUGAUGAUCCAUUGACCCCUUAAGUGGCCACUAAAAUUUUUAGUAGUCUAGUAGUAGCACUUAGGCCUCUAUAGUGGCCACUAAUUUGACGACUAUAGAGGCCACUACACUAGAACGUCAAAACCCUAUAGUGGCCGCUAAAAAUUUACACAGGAAAUUUUCUCUUCCAAAUGGUACCUGAGCCUUUGAAAUGCGUUUAGUUUCAAAUUUUAAAACGCAAAAAUGACGUUUUUCGGGUCCUACAGUUUAUUCACUACAGUACCUUGACGAGCACGUCCGAAAGAUCAAGGAAAGCAACGGACCAUUGAUUUGCCCGAGAGAACUUUGCGGCGAGUACAUGGACAAAGUGAUCCGAUACGCGAAAGUCAAGAAACGCCACGUCCUACAGUUGAACAUGGUCCUGAUUUUCUCAGCACUGCAAAAAAUCAAUAAAUUUUCCCGUACAAUCAAGGAGAGUUUCAGGACAAAAUGUUGAGAAUGAAGUUCCAACCGAAAGAUCUGCAAGCCGCCAUUCAGAACCUCGAGAAACAGAACAGUUUGUUGAAAUCUGCGCAAGUGACCAAAAAGUGCCCCAGUGUUAGUUUUACCAAACCAAGUUUGAAUAAGGAACAGGAAGGUUUCAGGCGGUUUCGAAAGGCUUGCAAGAGUUCCAUUCUCUGUUCCUCUUGGUUAUCCUGAGGGCUCACCGAGAAGCCGUCAAUGCGAUCAACAACAUUGGCAAGAUGGACGGCGGCCGCGUAAAGUUCUUUGUCGACCUCGGAUUGUGGGUUUCCUUGGGCUCUCUGAAGCGAAAAUAGUGCUAUCAUUAAUUUAUGGACUUUUGCCUUUUCUUUCUUUCCAAGUUUUGGUAGGUAACUUGAAGCAAAAAAAAAUUAAUUUUUGAAAAGUAUGUACUAGAAACAUCACAAUUUUUUUAUCUCAUUAAUUAAUAAAGUUACCUUUUUUGGUUCGAUAAAGAGAAAACAUUAUCUUGUUGAGUUCAAAAAUUCAAGCUCCAUGGAUAAAGCUCCAGAAAUUUUGAAAAUGUGGGUAUUUUUUGGUAAUUUUAAUACGGUGAAGGCUAUAAGAAACUAAGCUUAGCCUUUCUAUGGGGAAAACUCGAUAGAUUAGCGUUUUUUGAAUGGAAAAUAUUAACAAAGAAUAAAUUAAUCAAGUUCUACUUUUUGAUUUCAAAAUGAGAAAGAAGAAUUUGAAGACCCUAUAGGGGCCACUUGAGCUUGAAGGGCUUAUGAAAAGACUCUAAACCCUAUAGGGACCACUGAAGCUUGACGGGCUUAUGGGAAGACUCUGAACCCCUAUAGGGACCACCUAAAUUUUACACGUGUAUAAGGUUUUUCUGGCUGUUUUUCCUUGUAACCACUAUAAAGAUUACUUUGGCGUUCCUGAAAAUUUUUUUUCAUGACGGGGAAUUCCUAAAUGCUCUGCUUUUCAAGAACCAAUGCCUCGAGUUUGUAAUUUCUGAACAAUUUAAAUAUCGUGGUCCUUCGGAUAUUAGAAAGUUUAAUACCAAAAACUUUUGAUCAAAAAAUGAGCCAUCGAUUGAUGAAAGUACUGAUUCCAGGUGCUUAGCAACGUUGGUCGACCUCUUCAUAAGGGUCUCCAAGACGACUUUUGCCAAAGAACCGCCGCCGAACUUCAGAUCUGUCCUCGAAACUGCGGCCGAUAGUCAGCGUGGACUAUUUGUUAAAGCUUUGGUAUUGAAAAAAGCAGAGUCAAAGCGAGAAUCCUUCGUUUCUUCUUCAGAUCACGGAGCUCUGUUUCACGGUUGAAAUGCUACAUUCUGUGUACGAAACUGGAUUGCCUGGCGCUCUCUUCCCAAUUCUUUUGUACCGAGUCCAUCAAUGCGUCUUUCUUCAUGAUGUGAGGAAAAUUACUGGAAAUUGGCAUUUCUGAUAGGGAAAUUGUAGGCCGAAAAGGCUGAAUCUAAAUUUGAACUGUAGUCGCUUUCAGAUAAAUGAAUAGACUCGAAAAUUGAUCCAAAAGGGAUAAGAGAUUUUAUUUGAUAGAUAUUUAAAAAUCUGCAAACUUGCAGCUCUACGCGGCUCAAAUGCUCUUGUUGAACGUGGGCGGCGAUGUGACCAAAAAAGGCGAAAAAAGUCUCCGAUCCGCGGUCAUCGAGUUCAAGAACAUGGGCCCACAGAGCGAUUAUUCGUCUUGUCUUGGUAACUUUUUCUAAAAAUGAACGGGAGACUUCAUAAUUUUACCCUGAACAAAAUUCAAGAUUCAUUAAUAUUUUUGGAAUCAGGAACUUUGGAGAAACUCCUCAAAAAGUACUCAAGUUUCAAAACUACACUGAAAUGUAGCUCCUUAGAAGCUUCAGCCAUUCCAAAUGCGACCAAAAAAGCAUUUUUGUGGCAGCUUUUCAUAGAACAUGGGCCCACAGAGCGAUUAUUUGUCUUGUUUUGGUAACUUUCCCUAAAAAUUAACGAUAGAGCUUUUCCAAAGCUUCAUAGUUUUACCCUGAACAAAAUGCCGAACUCAUCAAUAUUUCUUAGAAUCAGGAAUUUUGGAGAAAGCCCUCAAAAAGGCGUUCAAAACUACACUGAAAUAUUGCUCCUUAGAAGCUUCAGCCAUUCCAAAUGCGACCAAAAAAGCAUUUUUGUGGCAGCUUUUCAUAGAACAUGGGCCCACAGAGCGAUUAUUUGUCUUGUUUUGGUAACUUUCCCUAAAAAUUAACGAUAGAGCUUUUCCAAAGCUUCAUAGUUUUACCCUGAACAAAAUGCCGAACUCAUCAAUAUUUCUUAGAAUCAGGAAUUUUGGAGAAAGCCCUCAAAAAGGCGUUCAAAACUACACUGAAAUAUUGCUCCUUAGAAGCUUCAGCCAUUCCAAAUGCGAACAAAAGGGCGUUUUUGUGGCAGCUUUUCAUAGAACAUGGGCCCACAGAGCGAUUAUUUGUCUUGUCUUGGUAACUUUUCCUAAAAAUGAAUGGGAUAGCUUUUUCAGAGCUUCAUAAUUUUAGCGUGGAAAAAAUGCUGAACUCAUCAAUAUUUCUUGAAAUCAGGAAGCUUGAAGAAAGUCUCCAAUGAUUCGUAACUCAAAUUUCAAAAGUGCGGUGAAAAGUAGCUGCUCAGAAGCCUUAGCCAUUCCAAAUGCGACCAAAAGAGGUGGUUUUGUUGCAGCUUUUCGAAAUCAAAAUUUUAUUUUUUGCCUAACGUUGUGGAAACGAGGAUAUAAAAGGCGUUAAGUGAACACUUAAGGGAUGAAAUGUUCGAAUUUUGAUAAUUUUUUCUCAAAGAGCGAGACGCUUAACGAAACCUUCAGAAUCAGACAACUUCCCAGCGGUUUUCCAUGUUCGUUUUGUGGUUUCAGAACGAUUCGAAACACUGAUUUUGGAAGCUUUGGAGCCGUCGACGGCGGCGACUGGACUCUCAGGCUCGAACGCCCUUUUGCGUUCCGAUCACUGGAAACCAUUGAAAUCCUACGGUUUGCCUAAGUUUUAG